GCUCACAUACCAUCCGUUAGGCCGACUGUCACACAAAAUUUUGAUUGAUUUAUAUAUUGCUAACUGGAUAUAUCAGAAAGGGAUACCCCUGCUGCACAUUGCGAUUUUAGUUUUUCAAUCCUGUUGUGGUUACAAGACGCUAAACUAAUUUGUGGCCACGAAUGUCAGAUCCAUUUUUCUUUGCAGUUGUUUGAAAAAAAAAUCGACGAGGACAUGAUGCGCGUAAAAGACAUCGCUCUUGUUCUAAUUUUCACCUGUCUCGUGCAACAGUUUCUACAUGUGAAGAGCCUGAGAGAUAGAGGGAGGAGAGCACAAACAGAUGGAAAAGGAGGGAGAAGAGGUCAACGGAAUGACAGUGGUCCGAAUGUAUCCAGUGACACAGGUGUCUGGAGAGGGAGAUUUUCACUGAAAGACCGAGCGCAGUGCAUGUGGGUCGCAGCAGCUGAGGGCGAUGCGUCUGUACUGGGAGUCACCUGUAAAAACGGUGCAAAGAGUUUCGACUGCGAGUAUGUAGCGAAGCCCACCGCAUGUCAGCAGUACGUAUCCAAUGCCAAAGCCUACUGGAAACAGAUCGCCCGUGCGUUAAAAAAGAAGAAGGGUUUGUGUCGAGACUCUACAGCGCUGAUCAGAGCCGGCAUGUGCAGGAAAGCGCCGAAGGACGCGCAUUUCAGACUGAAGGACACGCGCUCGUCCUCACAUUUGUCCAGUCCGCCGCCCGCGGGGACAAAUCUGUGCCCUGAUCGGAUCGAUAGGCUGAAACUGGCCGAUGAAUACUGCACCAGCUCCUGGUCUCCAAUGUGUACAUUUCUCUUCUUGAUGUUUGAGAAUGACGAAUGCUCGUGAGAGUGCUUAUUUGACUUUGAAAAAUAGUUUUAUUUUUAAUUUUUAUAUAUAUUCAAUUAAUGUAGAACAGACGGUCCACACUUACGAUUUUUGGUCCCUAGAACGUUAGUUUAUGGUUAUAAAAAUAAAAUCUAGGAAACCAUAAGCUAACGUUAGUGGAAUUUUCUGUGUUUGUUGGGAUGUUACUAAAAUGUACAUGGGAGAUUAUAUAUAUAUAUAUAUGUAUACACACACAGUACUGUGCAAAAGUUUUAGGCACUUGUGAAAAAUGUUGCAUAGUGAGGACUUCAAAAAUAAUGUCAUAAAUAGUUUUAAUUUAUCACUUAAUGUCAUACAAAGUCCAGUAAACAUAAAUAAAGCUAAAAUCAAUAUUUGGUGUGACUACCUUUGCCUUUAAAACAGCACCAAUUCUCCUAGGUACACCUGGACACAGUUUUUCUUGGUUGUUGGCAGAUAGGAUGUUCCAAGCUUCUUGGAGAAUUCGUCACCAGUUCUUCUACCUAUUUAGGCUGUCUCAAUUGCUUCUGUCUCUUUAUGUAAUCUCAGACUGACACGAUGUUCAGUGAGGGGCUCUGUGGGGGCCAUGACAUCUGUUGCAGGGCUCCCUGUUCUUCUAUCCUAAUCUCUUCUAUUUGCAAAAGUAAUGUUUGGGAGUCCAACAUUUAUAUUUCCUAUUGACACACUAAAGCUGAAGAUAUAAAUAACCAUCUUAAGAUGUGAAACAGCUUAUGUGCCUAAGAC